AAUAGUAUUCGAUUAUGCAAAAAUGUCGUAUAACAGAGGAAGUAUCGGGGAAAGAACACCGUUGUUGAGGCGAGACGUGACUUCCGGAUUCGAUUUGAAGCAACUCCUUCUACGAAGGAUACCGAUCCUGGCAUGGCUGCCUCGGUAUAGCUUGUCCAAACUUCUGCACGACGUUUUGGCAGGAUUGACCGUUGGUUUGACUGCUAUACCACAGGGCAUAGCUUAUGCAAUUGUGGCUGGACUUCCAGCUCAGUACGGCCUCUACAGCAGUUUCAUGGGGUGCUUCAUCUACCUGGUGUUCGGUAGCUGCAAAGACAUCACGGUGGGUCCAACAGCAAUAAUGGCUUUACUGUCGCAGCAGCAUGUUAUAAGACUGGGAGAUGAUAUCGCGGUACUUUUGUCCUUCCUGACAGGCUCCGUGAUCAUGCUCUUGGGACUGCUCCGUUUGGGAUUCCUCGUAGAAUUUGUUAGUAUGCCAGUGAUAUCUGGGUUUACGAAUGCAGCUGCCAUAAUAAUUGCAACGUCUCAGCUGGGCACAUUGCUUGGUCUGAGUGGCAGAAGCGACUCAUUUAUCGAUGCGAUCGUUAAAGUUGUUAAUCACUUCGAUAAAAUUACUCCCUGGGAUCCAUUAUUAGGCAUCUGUUCCAUGAUCGUGCUCGUGGCUCUGAAAAAACUACCCGGAAAGAAAACUGGCACCUUGUUUCAAAAAUUCAUGUGGGUGACAUCGUUGGCUCGAAACGCUGUGGUGGUCAUCGUUGGAGUAAUACUAAGUUACUCGUUGUUCUCUUACGGCAUUAAACCCUUUAAAAUUACUGGGGACAUAACGAAAGGUUUACCGCCGUUUUCACCACCACCGUUCUCUCUUGUAAAGGGAAACCAUACGUAUAACUUCGAGGAGUUAAUCGGUGAACUCGGAAGCACCGUCAUUUCAGUUCCUAUGAUCGCUAUUUUGGAGAGCAUCGCUAUCGCCAAAGCUUUUGCCAAAGGGAAGACCGUUGAUGCUAAUCAAGAGAUGCUAGCUCUAGGACUUUGUAACAUUUUCGGGAGCUUUUCCCGAUCAAUGCCAACCACAGGAAGCUUCACAAGGACCGCCGUAAACAACGCUUCGGGUGUAAAAACACCGAUGGGCGGUGUAAUUACUGGAUGUCUAGUGCUUUUAGCGUGCGGCCUUCUGACCUCGACUUUCGAAUUCAUCCCAAAAGCAACACUCGCCGCAGUGAUUAUAGUCGCUAUGUACUACAUGCUUGAACUUCAUAUUUUCACCGUGCUUUGGAGGACGAAAAAGAUCGAUUUGAUACCUUUGACGGUGACUUUGUUGAGCUGCUUGGCAAUUGGUCCAGAAUACGGCAUGAUUGCUGGGAUCGCGGUAAAUCUAAUUCUCCUGCUCUAUUUCGCGGCCAGACCUGGAUUAUUGAUCGAAGAACGUGUUGUCGAUGGGCUGACGAUUCUGUUUGUAUCGCCGAAACAAUCAUUGAGCUACCCAGCCGCGGAAUACCUACGCGAACGUGUGAUGUCGUGGUGUGACAGCAGAGGAGGAACUAUUCCCGUGGUAGUGGAAGGCCGUCACGUGCUUAGAAUCGAUGCAACCGUCGCCAAGAACCUUGCUUUGCUUCUGGCCGACUUGGAGGCUAGGGACCAGAAGCUGGUCUUCUGGAAUUGGUGCGAGAAAGCCAAGAGAACUUUGAUAAGCUACGACGCUUCCCUGACGAUGUCCUUCAGAACUUCCGGUAGCAUAGCUCAAAUAUUUUCAGGUAGAUCCGCAUCGCCUCAUCUUGCACGCGAGUGAAAUUCUGCAUCUAAUGAAUGCACGGAACACUUUCCUUGGAAUGUGCCCAAGCUUGUUCAACGAGUUACGGCUACUUUUCCAACGAUUCGCGUUUAAUGAAGUCGCGUGAAUCGUUGAACUGUACUUUAUGUAACGAUGGGUCACGUUUUGGUCAAGAUUAGCCCUUGAUAGAACUUCGAUCGUCCUUCGAUUUGGCUUUCGAGCACGACGAUCUAUCGAAAUU